CAUCGUGGAGCAUUUUCACAGAAGUCCGUUGGCAACGAAAAAAUUUGCUGAGGUGCAAAAGCAGCUGAGGCCUGGCGAAAAGCCUCUUAAAUUAAAAAUGGACAUAGUGACCAGAUGGAACAGCACCCUGGAUAUGCUAGAAAGAAUGUGUAUCCUUCAGGAGCCUCUAGAAGCGGCCCUUGGACUCCUACACAAUCCAGUUGCAAAUCUGUCAGAAAGUGACUGGCAGGCUCUUCCAGAUGUAAUUAAAAUUUUAAGACCAUUUAAGCAGCUAACCGAAGAAAUGUCGUCUGAAAAUAAGGUUACUGUUUCAAUGGUCUUAGCUGCGACUGAAAGUGUAAUUAGCAUGUUUGAAAAUUUAAAUUUAAAUAUUAAUACAGAAAUUGGAAAAAAUCUAUCUAAUAAAAUAAUAACAGAAUUCAAAUACAGGUUCAAAAAUUGUUAUAGAAACCCAAUAUUAUCUAAAGCAGCACUAUUAGACCCGCGGUUUAAGAAGUUGGCAUUCAGACUAGCUGAUGAAUCAAAUUAUGAGUGUGCUAAAACUCUGCUGAAAACUGAACUUGAAAAAUAUUUUAAUGUUGACAAACAGCAGACAGUGCAAUCAAAUAAAGUCACGCCAGCAAUAUUCACUGACACUAACGAGGACUCAAUAUGGAAAGACUUUGAUGCAAGAGUGACAUCAAACUCCGUCUCAAACUCAACUGUAUCCAGCAUCGUCACUAUGAGGCAAUAUUUUGAGGAACGCAUUCUUUCUAGGAAUGAGUGCCCAUUAAAAUGGUGGCAGGCGCGGGCAUUACUCUACCCCGAACUUUCAAUUUUAGCAGAGAAAUAUUUAUCGAUCAUGGCUACCUCGGGACCAUCCGAAAGAACGUUUUCGAAAUCGGGGCAAAUACAAAGUGAAAAACGUUGUUCCAUUCAACCAAAACGAAUGGAAAAAGUUUUAUUUUUAAACAUGAACAAAAGAUUACUUCGCUAAAAAUAAUAUGAAAUUGUUCUUUCUGUAAUGCUUAAUUUAAUUAUUUUUGUAAGUUUUUUAAAAUGUGCAUAAAAUGUUUCAUAGUUUUUUUAAUUUUUAAUGUCCAUAUAUAAUUUUCCUAAUGUUGUCGAAUCGAAUGUCAUUUAAAACAAUGUUAGGAAUUGUUAUGAUCGACCUGAACAAACAUAAUGCUUUACAUAUCAUAUUAUAAUCAUAAUCAUUGAUUUAUCAAUAGGCCAACAUAAAAAGGGAUCUGAAUAAGAAUAACAAAACAAGAAUAGUUCAAAAUACAGAAAUGUGUAAAAUAUGUAUAAUAUGUAAUAUUUAUAUGUACAAAGUUUGCUAAAACCAACCGGUAAUUGAAGAAACUGACCCAGUCAGAAUAAGACACUGCCGGAGACUACUCUUGGUGAGCAGUUUUUUAUAUCAACAAGUUAAGGGGUUGGUUUUUAUUCGUCUCUCACUCAAAUGCCUCUUUAUGUAUCUGAGUUGAUAUUAUCAUUUUUAUUUAGAAAUAAAUGACUUAAUAAUGUAUAAUUUUCUGUAAUAAUUUUCUAGAUUUUAUUCUCAGAAAAGAUACCGAAGUGAAUAAAAAAUCUGUAGAAUACUCAUGUGAAAUGGGUAAUAAAAUUCUGGAGAUCAAAAGAAAGAAAUGCAUUUGUAAAUAAAUUAGUGUAUGUUGUUUACGGUGUUGUAUCUCAAAAAAUAAAACAAAACAAAAAUGUU